GUGGUGCUGUUCUACGCGCUGCACGCGUACUGCUCGUCCUGGCCCACGGUCACCACGACGGAGUGGGCGUUCUCCAGGGCCAAGAGACUCGCCAUCAUGCUCGUCACGGUGCUGGACGCGGGGCUGCUGUACGUGGACCACAUCCACUUCCAGUACAACGGCAUGCUGCUCGGGCUGCUCAUCCUGUCGGCCACCAAGUUCCGGCUGCAGCAGGACCUGCAGGGCGCCUUCCUCUACGCCGUGCUGCUCAUGUUCAAGCACAUUUACCUGUACGUGGCGCCGCUGUACUUCAUCUACCUGCUGGGCCACUACUGCUACGUCAAGAAGGCCGACUCGGGGUCGUCUGAUGACGAUGAAGAUAACAAUGGGAAGGUGCUGAGGAAGAGAUCCAUCUCGAGCACCGACGUGCACGAGACGAUUCAGGAUCUGCACGACGGCAACGUGGUGUUCUCGGUCGUGAACUUUGUGCGUCUCGGGGUGAUGGUGCUGGCGGUGUUCGCGCUCGCAUUCGGAUCCAUUCUGUGGGACCACGAAGACCCGAUCGCCGGCAUGAAGCAGAUCCUGUCUCGACUGUUCCCCGUGCAGAGAGGACUGUGCCACGCGUACUGGGCCCCUAAUGUGUGGGCGCUGUACGCGUUCCUCGACAAGGUGCUGGUGAUUCUGGGCUUCCCGGCCUCGACCGAGGGAGUCGCGCUUAUGAGCGGUGGACUCGUGCAGGAGGCCAGCUUCGCAGUGCUCCCCACUGUGUCGCCGCUGGUGUGUGCUGUUCUAACGUUCGUGAUGAUGACUCCGGUGCUGCGAAGUAUCUGGAGGUACCCGGACUCGUCGCUCUUUACCAGUGCGCUUGCGUACUGCAUGCUGUGCUCGUUCCUGCUGGGCUACCACGUGCACGAGAAGGCGAUUCUUCAAGUGACGCUUCCCAUGGCGCUAAUGGCCGCUGACAGCGUCGCUAGCAUGAGGCUGUACAGAUUCGCGUCUGGCGUCGCUACCGUCUCGCUCUUCCCGCUGCUGUUCACACCCGCUGAGCAGGGGUCGAAGGUGCUGCUGGGUGCGUGUCACGCUCUUCUGGCGGAGGUUGUGCUCGUCCCGCUUCUCAAGCAGUCGCUGAAAGAGCGUCACAUCAAGGUCACGGCUGUGCAGAUGUCUCUCUUUGAGCGGGUGUUUCUUGCUGGACUGGCGGGUCUUGCCUUGCUGGCUGCGGUGUUUCCGUACAUUCCGAGAAUCGGUAGCCGCUACCCGUUCUUACCCCUGAUGUUGAUCUCGGUUAGCUGCGCUAUUGGAAACAUCUAUGUGUGGGGCUUCACAGUCACCCAACACUUUAGAAAGCUUGAUGCUGUCAAGUACUACCUCGAUGCGCAAAGGCCCAAGUAAAUAGCUGACUUCCAAGAUCGUCAAGUCUCGAGCUAGGACAAUGAAAUAGAUUGGUGUGAUUUCCCUUGUUUUUCAUUUUUCUUGUUCUUAUCUUCUGCAGUUUAAACAUGCAUGGGUAUGAUGUUCACCGCACAGUGUGUUGUGAACCAACUUACCACUCUCUACGACAGCUUGCCAAGCUGCUGCUUCUUCUUGAUGGAGUUCAUGGCGUGGAACACGCCCGAGUCCACCAGGCCAAGGAUGGUGAAGACACCGCCGAUCACUGCGCACAGGUGCGUGAUGAAGUGGUAGAACGGGAUGCUGUCUGACGUGAUCUGGACCACCAGCGGCGAGAUGUCGAAGGUGAAGAGCGCAGACGGCUGCUUGUCCUCGUACUGGGUCGUUGUCGCCGAAAACUCGUACGAUCGCUGCUGCAGGUGCGUCUUCCGCGUGUUGUCCUGGUUGUCAAAGCCGACCACCUGUUCGCACCAAUCGACAGCAUAAAGGUCAGUCUACGUAAGUGAUACAGCAACUCAAUGGAGGCAAGGAUACACCACCACGUACGUUUAGGAAGUGCUGCACCGUGACGUUCUCGCUCUCAAUGGUGUACGUCUUCUUGUCCAGCGGGAAACGGUUCGACGGCGCAGCCAGCAGACCAACGGCUCCAGCGAACAAGUUUUCGGUGCGUCGCACCUGGCCAAACGAGAAGUGGUUGACGACGUGCGAGACGUCGACGGCUUGGGCGUUGAACGACACCUCGUCGGAGCGCGCCGUGAACACCAGCAUACCCGGGACUCGGUUCACACUG